AUGAUAGAAUAUGCUAACAAAGUAUGUCUUGCUCCUAUGGUAAGAAGUGGAGAACUACCUAUUCGUCUUUUAUCAUUAAAAUAUGGUUGUGAUUUACUUUGGACUCCAGAAUUAGUUGAUAAAAAAAUUUUACAAUCGACUCGAAUCAUCAAUCAAGAAUUAAAUACCAUUGAUUAUAUUGUAUCUAAUCAUCAACAACUGGAUAAAAAAACUGUGAUAUUCCGUAAACAUCCUGAUGAAACUGGGAAAUUAAUAUUACAACUUGGAUCGAGUGAUCCUCAAUUAGCUGUCGAAGCUGCUAAUAAAGUGAUUGAUGAUGUUGAUGGUAUUGAUUUAAAUUGUGGUUGUCCGAAAAAUUUUUCUACUCAUAGUGGUAUGGGAGCAGAAUUAUUGAAAACUCCUGAUAAAUUAUGUUGUAUAUUAAUUAAUUUAGUUGAAAAAAUUGGUAUUCCUAAAAAAAAAUCCAUUAGUUGUAAAAUUCGAUUAUUUAAUAAUUAUUAUCAACUGAAAAAUUUAAUUGAAAAAAUUUUACAAACAGGGAUAUCUAAUUUAACUAUUCAUUGUCGAACUCCAAUUAUGAGAAAUCGUCAAGAUCCAAUUUGGAAUUUUUUACCAAAAUUAAUUCCAAUUAUUGAAAAUUCUCAAGUUAAUUUAAUAAUUAAUGGUAAUAUGCAAAAUGUUAAUGAUUUAAAAAAUCUUCAAAUGGCUUUAAAUGAUAAUGAAAAAAAAUUAAGUAUAAUGAUAGCUGAAGCUGCUGAAGCAAAUCCUUCAAUUUUUAAUCAAUUUCCAAAACCUCAAUAUUUAAUUAUAAAAGAAUUAUUUGAAAUUUGUCAAAAAUAUUAUGAAAAUUUCCUGGCAACAAAAUUUUUAAUGUUAAAUAUGAUACCUGGUAAAUCAAAAUAUUUUCAAAAAAUAUCUCAAACGAAAAAUUUUCAUCAAAUGGAUAAUAUAUUAAAUGAAAUAUUUCAAGAAUAUGAAGAAAUUUUGCAACAACAACAACAACAAAAACAACAAAAACAACAAAAACAACAACAACAACCAAUAAAGGGGUUGGAUAAAAUUUUCACUAUAAUGAAUCGUGAUUGUCAAAAAUCCAAUUUUUUCAAUUUAGAACAAUUUCAUAAUCAUAUUAAUAAAAGAGGUGAAUAUAUGACGAAAUUUUUCCAUGAAUGGAAAGACAAAGAAUCAAUUAUGUUAAAAGAUUUUGAUGAUACUCCAACUAAAAGACCACUUGUAAUGAAUGAUAAUAUCAAUAUAUCUAAACGACAAAAGAAAAAGAAAAAGACAAACAAUCAACAACUACAACAACAACAACAAACACUACCACUCAAAGAAAACCCAAUCAAGGUUACUUAA